GAAGCCUUUCAAACCCAAAUUACGAUCCCGAGUCUUGUCCCUACGAGCCUAGACAGAUCUUUCUCGUAUUCAAACUUCCCAGCCACUGCUAUAUAUCUUGUGGUCUCCUUUCCCGGGAGACCCGAUUUUAUGUAUCCUACAGUACAAGGUCAUGUUGCGUUGUACAGUACUUUCCCUCAACUCUGUGAAUCGAGCUUCAACAUCAGGUUAACUCCAUGACUCCUAGACAAAAGACUAAUCCGGCGGCUCGGUCCGCGACUUGCGGAGUCUCCCGCCCAACGCAGCAGCAAAAGGAGACGUGCACAGACUACCUGCUCUUCGACGCCUCGCUGCAGGAGUUCCUGACCUACAAGCGCGACGCACACGGACGACCCCCCUGGCUCGACUGGACGGACGACGGCUGCUCGGCCUCGAUGGACUACCCGCUGGGCUUCAACUUUCACGACAGUUGUCUGCGCCACGAUUUCGGCUACCGGAAUUACAAGGAGCAAGGCCGCUUCGACCACGCACCGUCGAAGAAGGCCAUCGAUGCGCGGUUUAAGCAGGAUCUGGUGGAUAUGUGUCACGGGGUCACGACGCCGUGGCAUCGCAUCAAUAGUCACUGGAACUGCGUCAAUUGUGCGCAUCUAUACUAUCGCGCAGUGCGGUGGUUUGGGAAGUUCGGCAGGCACGUCCCUAGAGUUCCUCCGUUCAGUAAGAAGCGGUAGAAUCAUCUACAGGAACAGAUCCGUGACUCUGAGGUGGUAAUACCUUUCACAUGGUGUUUGUGUAUGUCGUUUCGCAACAUCGGGAAUAUCCUCGCCGGUGGGGUAAUUCAAGGUUACGAGUACAGUACAGAGUCGGUAUUGAAUUGGAACGUCGCC